GUUGGAGAGGGAGGGGCGAGCGGUUACUCACUCCAUGGCUGCGGAAAGGAGAGGAGGCAACGGCUGCGGCGGCCUCGGCUGAAGUGACGGUGUGAGCGGAGAGUGAAGGCGCGGAAGAACACAGGCAGAUGUCCUUCUUUGUUGACCAGUCUCAUCAUUAAAUCACCAUGAAGACAGCAAAGGACCUGGCUUCUCUGGCCUAAUGAGGCAGUGGGGAAAAGCUAUCAUCAUUCAUCCUGGUUCUGCCUACACUAGAGGAUGACUUCAGUUCCAGGCUGACCAGAAAGGCCAUGGGCACCAGGAAAGCCCCCCAAAGACCAGCAUGCACCCUGCAUCUUGUCCUGGUGACCACCCUCCUUGGUCUGGCAGUCUCUCUGGACUGGAAGGCAGCCUCCAGCCUGAACCCUAUCGAGAAGUGUAUGGAGGACCAUGAUUAUGAGCAGCUACUCAAGGUGGUGACCUUGGGCCUCAAUCGGACUUCAAAGCCCCAGAAGGUGGUAGUGGUUGGUGCUGGUGUGGCUGGGCUGGUAGCAGCCAAGGUGCUCAGUGAUGCAGGACACAAGGUCACCAUUCUGGAGGCAGAUAGCAGGAUUGGGGGCCGUAUCUUCACUUUCCGGGAUGAGAAGACAGGCUGGAUAGGGGAGCUUGGGGCCAUGCGAAUGCCCAGCUCCCACAGGAUCUUGCACAAGCUCUGCAGGAGCCUGGGCCUCAACCUGACUCAGUUUACACAGUAUGAUGAGAACACGUGGACGGAGGUGAAUGAUGUGAAGCUGCGAAACUAUGUGGUGGAGAAGAUGCCAGAAAAGUUGGGCUACAACUUGAACCAAAGGGAAAGGGGUCAUUCCCCAGAGGACAUCUACCAGAUGGCACUCAACAAGGUCUUCAAAGACCUCAAGGCCUUGGGCUGCAAGAAAGCCAUGAAUAAGUUCAACAAGCUUACGCUCCUGGAAUACCUCCUCGGGGAGGGCAACCUGUCCCGACCGGCUGUGCAGCUCCUGGGAGAUGUGAUGUCCGAGGAGGGCUUCUUCUACCUCAGUUUUGCAGAGGCAUUACGCGCACACGCUUGCCUGAGCGAUCGACUCAGGUACAGCCGCAUCGUGGGUGGCUGGGACCUGCUUCCGCGAGCGCUGCUGAGCUCGCUGUCCGGGCCAGUGCUGCUGAACGCGCCUGUGACGUCGAUCACUCAGGGGAUGUACGAUGUGCGCGUGCACGUCGCCACCCCGCUACAGUCUCCCAGCUCGAAGGUGCUGACCGCGGACGUGGUGCUGCUGACUGCCAGUGGGCCCGCGCUGCAGCGCAUUACCUUCUUACCGCCCCUGACUCCCAAGAGGCAGGAGGCACUGCGCGCGCUUCACUACGUGGCAGCCAGCAAGGUUUUUCUGAGUUUCCGUCAGCCUUUCUGGCACGACGAACACAUCGAGGGCGGCCACUCCAACACUGACCGCCCAUCGCGCCUCAUAUUCUAUCCGGCGCCGGGCGAGGGCUCACUGCUUCUGGCCUCCUACACGUGGUCGGAUGCUGCAGCCCCCUUCGCUGGACUGAGCACGGAGCAGACCCUGCGUUUGGCGCUCAAGGACCUGGCGGCCCUGCACGGGCCUGUGGUGUACCGGCUGUGGGACGGCAGGGGUGUGGUCAAGCGCUGGGCAGAGGACCCGCAUAGCCAGGGAGGCUUCGUGGUGCAGCCGCCAUUGUAUGGGCAAGGGGCCGAGGACUAUGACUGGUCAGCCCCUUACGGCCGCAUUUACUUUGCGGGCGAACAUACAGCUCUCCCGCAUGGCUGGGUAGAAACCGCUGUUAAGUCCGGGUUGCGGGCUGCAAUGAGGAUCAAUAACCAAGGGUACGGGGUGGUCGACCCCGAGAUGACGGAGCAUGCACACACAGAGGCCAGCCCCUCAGACCAGCAUCUGGACGGGGAGUGGCCGGAGGAGCAGCAUGCGCAGGAAGAAGUCAGCCCCAAGGAGCAGGAGGCUCAGGAAGAAGUCAGCCCCGAGGGCUCGCACAAGCACUUGGUGGAAAUAAGCCACGAGGGGCAGCAACACGUGUUCGUGGAAGCCAUACCUGAGCUGCCAGGACACGUCCACCAGAAUGUAUAUCCUUCGGAGCACGUACAUGUGCAUGGGGAAGUCAUCCCGGAAUUACAAGGGCGUGGGCAUGUACAUAGUAAACACGGGCCUGUGGGAUCUGGUACCUCAAAGUAAAUGCACUGAGAGGCGGACCACUCUUAAUAGCAAAGGGGAAGUGAGCAACCAGCUCCUAACCCAGCCCUCUUCAGGGCAGGGCAGACAGACCACCUACAGAAAUAGCCUACAAUAAAGUUAUUUUUGUUAAACCAGA